AUGGGUCUGGAGACAAAUUCUAGCGUUAACGUUUAUAUUGGUUUACAUUCAUGGCCAUCUACUCAUCGACAGUUUACAUCCUCCAAAGAUUCUGUAAUCAAAACUAUUACUAGUGACGAAGAGAAUAAAAAUGAAGAUAAUAAUGAUGAACUUGAUGAAGAAAUUGAAAGAGUCAUUAGGUGUAAUAAUUCCCCAUAUAUUAUAUUACCAAACUGUGUACAGAUGCAUGGGAGUGGUUUGCGUCUUUUACUACAUUCUGGAUGUGUUGAUAGUGAUACUACCGCCAGUAAAUUAAAAGAAGAUGCUUGGGAUGAGUUAUGGCGUAGUGGUUCUUUUUGGUUACUCUGUUGUGCUGCACCUAAUAAUAAUCUCCAUGAGGAAGAAAAAGAUGAAAGAGAAAAAAAAGAAGAAAAAGAAGUAGGAGGAAGUAAUCCUAAUCUCUUUAAUAGUCUUAGAGGAUCAGAAGAAUCAAUGCUGCAGUACCUAGUGAUGCGACUCUUUGAUAUUGUUUCACAUCUGUCAGUUUCUGUAAUAAGAUGGACAGAAGGAGGCGAAGAGUCAUCAACGAAUACAGUACAUUCACCAUUUUGGAGAAAUUCAUAUCAAAAGAAUGAUGAAUUUACAGAUAUGGAUUCAUUAUUAAGAUUUAUAAGAGAAUAUUUAACAGAAAAUAGGAAAGAAUCCUUAACAUUUUCAUUUUCUCUGGUAAGUAUUACCUUUUCUACUUCGACAUCAGAAAAGAAAUAUGAAAUUGUUAUAACUAGUGUAAAUGCUCGAUAUGAUAUACUCUCAGUAAAUACAUCUAAUUCACUUAUUGCAGUACGUACUUUAUUUACAAAUAUAGCCCAUAUAUCCAUGAAUGACUCUUAUGAAAAAGAAGAGAAUAAAUAUAGUAUCCUUAAACAGUUAAACUUAUAUCUAACGGAUUUACUUCCUGAAGAAGUUCUUCAUUUUAUUCUUAUACAUUGUAAUGUAUGGAAUAAAGAGGAUAAAUUGAAUUAUCUUGGAGCAAAUCCUCCACGAGUAGUUUAUGCUAUAUUGGAAACUCAUGAUGGUGUUAUUGUAAGAGAGGGAGUAGAUAAAAAUGCAAACUAUUAUGAAAGUACCUGUAUAGAAAUUGUUCGACAUCUCUCUUUUUGGUGCUCAUUAGGCACAUCCAAAGUAUAUGAAAACACUAAUAAAAACGUUAGCAAUCAUAAUGAAGAUUACCAAAAUACUGUAAAGGAUUCUAAAUAUUCUUCUCACAAUACACUAAAUCAGAUUAAAUACAAUCUUUUGACACUCUUAAUAGAUACUGAACAUUUCCCUCAAUUGAUAAAGGAUUGGGAAAGGUCAAAUAAUAAUAAUAAUAAGGGAGGUGACGUAAUGAUAUCGAAGAGUAUAUUUCUUGAAACUCUUGAACGGGUUCAUCGCAAAGAAGAGCAAACAAGACAGAAUGGAUUACAAGAUCGAGUACGUCGUAUUCUCUCCUCUAGACCACGUAAUAGUAAUCUCUCAAGACGUCAGUUUUCAGCUGUUAAUAUGACACUUAAAUUAUUUGGCGUGGAAAAUGAGGCUUUAUUGUGGUGUCAGAAGCUUGAAGAGAAGUAUUAUACUCUUCUUCAUAGAGUUUUCUACAAAGAUUGGGAAAUUCAGUGCGAUACUCUCUCAACUCAAGGAAGAAACUCUUACCAAGAGCAGGAACAACGACAACAACAACAAGAAGAAGAAGAAGAAGAAGAAAAUAAGAGUUGUAGCACCUUCAAAGAAAAUGAAUUGACCCAAAUAAUAAAAAGAUCUCAACAACAACAACAUAAUGACGUACAUCUUCCUAUUGUUAUUUUAUCAGUAAAAAAUAGAGAAUCUUCCUCAUCGUUUUCUCCUUAUUCUUUUAAAUUAACAUCAUCUUCAUUAUUUCCGAGUCUGGGAUGUGAGUUGAUGUUAACACCGGGACAUAAUUCGUUUAGACGUUUAAGUGAGGUUGAGAAUAUUAAACGACUUUUAAUAAUGAUUAAUGCCGCUGACUCAUUGCAAUUGUUAUUAUUCUCAAGUUUACAUCAUAUGCGAUGUUACAAUAAUCAACUGAUGACAUCUUUAAAUGAAUAUGUUUCUACACAACACGAUAUAGAUAAUUUGACAUCACAAGAGAAUAAAUUUCCAACAUUGAGUCAAGAAAAUCAAUUAUUUCAAGAAUUUAUCCAGCAACGUCUAAGUAAUUAUACGGAUUUUCCACUUGUGUUGGAAUACAUAUAUGAAAAAAUACACUGGUUCACUAAAUCUAUUUUUCAUUUGCAACAGCAGAAUAAAGAAACGGUUUUUCAGAACUCUUCAUUAAAAAAAAUUGACGCGGUAACGCAAACUUCUAUUGCCUCAUUGGAAUUACCUAUUCAAGAGAAGGAUGGUGAUAUGGACUGUUGUGGUCCAGAGGAAUCUCUGACAGUGAAAAGUGAAACAUCACGUCAUCGUGCAUUGGAGGAAGUAUCGUCAACGACCACUUCAGCGUAUACCUCGGAAUAUGAAGAGAAUACUCCUUUUCAACAACAAGAAGAAAAGUAUAUUGUAAAGGAUAAUUUAGUCUCCUAUCCUGAUGUACAGGAAAAGGGUGUAGUGGAGAAAGAAAGAAUGCAUACUCUAGUUUUGGGAGAAAAGAAUGCAGAGAAAUUAAGAGUACUUGCAGAGUAUAAUGAUUAUAAGGAAUUUCUAAAAGGUUUGACUUUUAUUGGUAGAUCUCACCGUUUACGUCGUGAUGAUAUCAAUACGGAGGGAAAACAACAACGUGGAUACCGACUAUUACUAUCCACAGGACGUAGCGUAGAGGCUGAAAAAUAUCAUUAUAAGAGUGGGGAUUCUCUGCCUGCUCUCAGUUUCUCUGAUAUUACAGAAGAACGUAAACAUUGGAGUAAACCAGAAGUUCUGGAUGAUUAUAGAAAACUAUUAGCAUAUAAUAUAUAUCUAGUUGGUGAAGUAGGAUGUGGAAAAUCUACUCUGGUACACUCUCUUGUGGUUAAUAAUUCUUCUUGUACGUCUCCACCUAUAGUGACACCCCAUACAAUGACAAUGGAACGAACUUCUUUCAUUGUGAAGAUACCAAUUCAGAAAGAAUUGUUACCUUUGGGAGGAUAUAGAAAUAUUACCUUAUCUAAUAUACAAAAAUGGAUAUCUUUGGAUUCUAAAAAAAAUAUGAAUCCCUGUAGUGUUGGUGUAAAUAUUAUUGAAACGCCAACACCUUUACUAAUAGCAGCCUCUACAGGAAAUGUGAAACUACCUAUUAGGGGAACUGUAUACUACAUUGUAUAUCAUCUACAAGAUAAUUGGGAAACUAUACAAUGUACCAUUAGGAAAUAUAUGUUGGCAUUACAGUCAGCUGUAAUACAAUCAAGUCCUCAUAUUAUAAAUAUCUUACAAUCAUCUAAUAGUGAUGUGAAGGAUAUGAACUUUGGGCAAGAAUCACUCCCUUUACCAGUAGUGCUUAUUGGGACUCAUGCUGAUAUUGCAUUUGAUAAUGUCUCCAUGGCUCAAGAAAGAUUAUUUCAACUUCGACAGUGGUUUGAAGAAGAAUGCAUAAAACUGAGAGAAAAAACAGGAAAAGACAAACCGCAUUUAUUUCUGGUAGAUUCAUAUUUUACAAGUACACUGAAUGGUACGGUGAUCAGUGAACAUCCUGGAGUAUCUACAACUUUUGAGUCUUUACUGUGGCGUACAUUAUGGUUUCUUCAUUAUACUGCACCAUUAAAUCCAAUGCAUAUAGUAGCACGGUGGUUACCGCAGAUGUUUUUCAAAGAACUUGGAGUACAAAACGAAAUAAAUGGUGUCAAUCAAGAAAGUGAUGAUCCGCAAACUUUAUGGAGUAAUAUUUACAGGACGAAUGGUACUCUUGAAGAGUUUUGGGAAACAAUACAAUCUCAGCAUGGAAAACAAGAUCAAGAUAAUCGUAAUAUGUUAAUAAUACCUCCAGAAAUGUCAAGUGUAUGGUGGAAACGUGGUUCAGAGGGUCUUCUUGUACUUUUUACUGCACUUCAGCGAUUACGUCAAUUUAUUUCAUGUUCUUUUGAUGAACAAUCGUUAGAUGAUGCUGUGUUGUAUCAUUUAGGGUUUGUUCUUCCUGAUGAUCCAGAUGAAACAACUGUGGAUGAACAAGACGAAAAUGAAGAAGAAGAAGAGGAAUUAUAUCUCCGUCUGAGAGAUAUAUUUUUGGAAUCUAUUUUUGAAGAAUGUCGUCUUCGUGGGGUGUUGUUGUUUCUUCCACACACUUCUACUUCUUUAACCCCACAUGUAAAGGAGGAUUCUCAUGAUAACACUAACACAACAACAAUAACAAGAACAACACCAACGCAGCGUAUGGUGAUUGUUGGACCCGAAUGGGUGGAGAAUCUCUGGUCGCAGACAUUAGCACCUGCGCUGGUGGUACAUCACACCUCAUCUCUUCUGCAGAGUUCAACGGAAAGAGUAAAGGAUGUGUUAAUGAUUGUGUUAAAAGAGUCUCUCAAUCAGCUUGGAGUUAAGAUGCCGGCAAUGUACUUUGCCUGUGUGUGGCCACAGUUGGAAGAAUCUAUACGAGAGGAUGUGAUGGAAACAGCUGCUGAUGCAAAUUAUAAUAUCCACAAAAUGCAGGAGUAUUUUUCAUUGUAUUUUAAUAAAAGUUUAGUUUCAUUAGAGUUAUUGCAGCUCUUCUGGCAACCUCCACACGGAGUUCUUACCACGAAAAGAGAAACUGCAGCAAUGGGGUUGAUAGCCUCUGGAUUAACGUACGAAAGUGAAGUUUUUGAAAAGGAGAAACUGAGUGGGAAUAAUGAAGAAUUGUUCUUUAAGGUACCCUGUAUAAACUUGAAAAAUGAGAACACCUCGUAG